AUGUCAAGCAUGGAGCUGAGGCAAGCCUUAGCAGGACUUCUGACUCUGUCAAUGUUCAUAAUGCUGGGCAACAUGGUCAAGAAAGACCAUUUCGAUCCAUACUUUGCUGUGGAGCUUGAGGCCAAACCGUCAACUUCUGGAACUGUAUUAUUCAAUGGACAAAACCUAGCUACUGUUUCACACCUCAGCAAAGAGAUUUCUAAAGAAACUGGCGGAUCACUGAAACCAUGCUGGAACCCUCCUUUGCUCAAAGAAUCAGAGCAGUCUAAAGGCUUCAUCACAUUCUCCUUAACAAAUGGGCCUGAGUAUCAUCUAGCACAGAUUGCUGAUGCAGUAGUGGUAGCCAGAUACCUGGGUGCUUCUCUUGUGCUUCCUGACAUCAGAAGCAGCAAGCAAGGAUAUAGAAUGAACUUUGGAGAUGUCUAUGAUGUUCAGAGUUUCUUAGACAGCUUAAAUGGGACAGUAAGCGUGACAAGGACUCAGCCUCCACAAGCAUCCAAUGGAAAGCUACCAACUGUGAAGGUGCCAACUAGGGUCACUGAAGACUACAUUGAGAGGAUAGUGAAGCCAAUUUACCAAACAAAAGGAACUUUAAGGAUUGAAUCAGAUUUUCCCUCUUCAGACAAUAAUAAGAACAAGAAAUUGAUGAUGAACCCAGUUGCAUGUAAGGCCAUGUUUGGGUCUCUUCAGCUUCAGCCAGAGGUACAGGAACUUGUGGGCUCCAUGGUUCAAAAGCUCAGAACUUGGAGCCAGAACUUGAAUGGGAAGUUCAUAGCAGUGGAUUUGAAGACUGAGAUGUGUAAUGCUCAAAGAGGAACAAAGAGUUGUUAUAAUGCAGAGGAAGUGGGUGAGUUUCUGAAGAGGCUAGGGUUCAAUCAAGAGACUGUCGUUUAUGUGACUCAACCAAGAUGGCAUUCUGAUCUCGAUGCCCUUAAAAAUAUCUUCCCAAAGACAUAUACUAAGGAAAGCAUAAUCCCAGAAGACAAGAGAGGAAAAUUUCUGAACACACAGAUCACUGAAUAUGAGAAGGUGAUUGACUUCAACAUAUGCUCUGAGAGUGAUGUGUUUGUGCCUUCACUUGCUGGUCUCUUCUAUACCAAUGUGGCUGCCAUGAGAAUUGCUUCAGGAAAGAAUCAGAUACUCGUGCCUUCUGAUGAAAUAAUAGCAGCAAAUAAUAAAGCUUCAGCAUCUGAUUUCAUCUCUCCUUAUGUGUCCCAGAAGACCCACUUUGCUUAUUCAUGCUUUUGCUGAAGAAAUUGCAAAAUAAGACUGAGAAUUCU